AUGGAGAUGGACGACGAACCGGACCCAGAAAUGCAAACCAGAACACCGUGCCACCCAAUUAGCAUCUCAAGCGUUUCCCCAUUUCAGGGAUCACCGUAUCGUGGGCCCGAUUCAUACCAAGAAACGAUGGCUGCGUAUGAUUGGUACUUUACUCCUUUGUACCACAACUCUCCUGCUCAACCACCUUUGGUUGAACCCCAGCUUCAAGCAGUUUCACCUCCACCACUUCCUGUUGAGGAGCCGCCUCAACAGCCACCUCAGCCACCUCCCGAGCCUCCGAGGCGAAGGAGGAAUGCAUCUAUAUCCGUGCGAGGAGGACCUCAUUUUAGUUCUCCUCAGGGUUCAAGUUCUUACCCUCCUAUCCCCGAGGACCCCCAAAUGUGUGGACCCUCGAACGCGGUGCCGGAGAACGAUCCUCCGCCAGCUUCUUAUGCACCACCACAGCCACCAAUGGGUCUUGACAACCCGAUCCCGACUUACCCAGGUUCUUCUGGGUACAACCCUUUUGAAAACCCAUCGGGAUAUCCAUCGGAUUAUAGAACUCAUGAUCCAUACCUUGCAGCUGCACAAUACCAUCAUCUUUACCCUUCUUCUUACCCUCUAGUUCAUCCAACUGGAUAUCCGGUGCAGGGGUAUAAAUACCCCCCAUAUCAGCAACCUCCUCCUUUCCAGCAGCAGCAGACUAAAAAAAUCCUGGAAAGGUUCGACAAGGUUGAACACGAGGCUAGAGAAACCAAGAAGAAGCAUGGUAGCUUUAUGAAGGGCCUUGCAAGCCUUAUUAAAGGCAAGAAGUAG